AUGGCCACUUCUCCUACACUCCAAAGGUGAGCACCACAAAAGGAGUUGAACAGGGCUUUAUCUCAGUCGCCGAAUGGUGGGCAAGCUGACACUGCGUUGAUCAAUGCCAUCAUAGUCUCGACGCCCGUGUGUGCAACUUGACCGACAAAAUCAAGGUGCCAGACUAUGAGUCUCGCGCCCCCUUGUCCAUGACGGCUGGCCAGCUUUCCCGCAUUGAAGAGUUUCUGUUGGGAGAGGUUACGGAGUCGGAGUUCGCAGCAGUUGAGGGCAUCGCACCAAUCGUCGUCACGAUCAUCAAAAUCAAGGCUCAUCUCCGACGUCUAUUGCUUUUUGUCGGUCACGCACACGAGAAUGGAGACUCCAACGACGCAGACGAGGAUGGAGAUUCCGACGACGGCUAUGCAUCUCUUUGGAACCAACUGAAUCUGGACAUGGUCCAUCUGAACGACAAAGACCGUGCCUUCAUUCAAGAAUUUGAAAGGCCAUGGACCGGGAUCAGCCAAUGCCACCGCUUCGAGCAUUGGUCGCGCAAGAUCCUUCGCGGAGUGCAAGAGAAACAAAGGUCAAUCGCUGGCGAUGCAAGGAUCCGCGACGAAAGUGUGCGAUCCUUCCUUCUUUCGACCGCUUUUGAAGAUGAAAUGUCGGUCCGUCAUCACAUACAAGUGAACACAGAGCGAAGAGCCGAAUUGCAACACUAUCUUGAGGAGCACUUCGUUCAGCUCGCUGAGCCCUGUGUCCAGGCGAUGGAAGAGCUGGUCGAUUCUUUUCACGUCCUCGAUUCGGACAGCGAGGAGGAGCUUUGGCGUAUUGGCGGCAAUGUGCUUGAUGCUCGACUGAGGUUUGGGGAUAGAAUGUGGUCGACGUAA